CUGUGCUUGGGUUUCAAAAUCAGUGCUGCAGCUACACUAAGCCCUCAGGAGCUGGAAUGUAGACAGUGCUCACAUACAUGUCUGCUUUCAGGAGCUGGUCCCUUGUGCUCAUCAUCCUGUUCCAUUUGUCUCAAAGAAGUACAUCCUGUGGUAUUUCAACCCAUAUAGAAAUAGCACACAGAGCUCUGGAAUUUUUCAGCCAACAACAUGACACUGUUAACUUUAAAAAGCUGUUAUUAGAACACCAGGAUGCUUAUCAGGCUGGGAGUGCAUUUCCUGAUGCUUUUUAUCCUGACAUCUGUAAAGGAGGAACAUUCCGUGAUGUAUCUGAAGAUACUCACUGGACUCCAUUUCUCAAUGCAAGUAUCCAUUACAUCCGACAAAACCAUCCUCUCCCUUGGGAGAAGGAUACUGAGAAAUUGGUGGCUUUCCUAUUUGGCAUUGCGUCACACAUGGUAGCCGAUGUGAGCUGGCAUAGCCUGGGCAUCGAACAAGGAUUCUUGCAGACAAUGGGACAAAUUGAUUUUCAUGGCUCUUACAGUGAUGCUCAUCCUAUUGGUGAUUUUGGAGGAGAUGUGUUGAGCCAUUUUGAACUUGAUUUUAACUACCUUGGGCGGAGCUGGUAUAUACCUGUCAAAGAUCUGAUGGGAAUCUACAAGCAGCUCUAUGGCAAGGAAGUCAUAACGAAAAAUGCAAUAAUUGACUGUUCGUAUCUUCAGUUCUUAGAAUUGUAUGGUGAGAGGUUGGUUCUUUCCAAGCUUUACCCAAAUUUUGCAAAAAGGUCCCCAUUUUUGGUGGACCAGUUCCAAGAUUAUUUCCUUGGUGGCCUGGAUGACAUGGCAUUCUGGACCACCAAUAUGUUUCAUCUAACAAGUUAUAUGUUACAGAAUGGGACCAGUGACUGUACCCUACCUGAGAAUCCUCUGUUCGUGGCAUGUGGUCCCAAACAUAACGACAGCCUUGGAACAAAACUGCCGAAAAAUAAAUGUCAUGCAACUUUAAAUGUAUCCUUAGCUGAAAAUGCUAAAGGAAAUAUAAAUUACACAGAAAGAGGCGUCUUCUUCAGUGUGGAUUCGUGGGCCCAAGAUUCAGUCUCCUUUCUCUACCUGACUUUCACAAAGAAGAUAAGGAGAGUGUUUGCAAGUGAACAUCCUCACCAACAUAAUUAUAUUACCAAUCCCAUAGCGUCUUACUUUCUGUCGUUUCCCUAUGUGAAGCUUGGAUGGUCAAUGAUUUCAGCCGACCUCAACCAAGAUGGCCAUGAGGAUCUGGUGGUAGGAGCACCAGGUUAUAGCAGAUCAGGCCAUGUUCAGGUGGGACGAGUGUAUCUCCUCUACAGCAAUGAUAUAGGUUUGCCGCCCGUAGACUUGGAUUUGGACAAAGAAGCACAUCUAAUUCUAGAGGGCUUUCAGCCCUCAGGUCGCUUUGGCUCUUCUUUGGCAGUGUUGGACUUCAACCAGGAUGGGCUGCUGGACUUGGCAGUGGGAGCCCCCUCGGUGGGAGCCAAGAAACUCACUUAUAAUGGGGCAGUGUAUGUCUUUUUCGGUACCAAAAAAGGAAAAAUAUCUUCUCAACCAAAUGUCACCAUUUCGUGCCAGGACAAAUAUUGUAACCUUGGCUGGACGCUCUUGGCAGCAGAUAUCAAUGAGGAUGGUGCUCCUGACCUCGUGGUUGGGUCACCCUAUGCACCCAGUGGAGGGAAGCAGAGGGGAAUUGUGGCUGCAUUCUAUUCAGAUGCUAUCCAAAAUAUCAAAGGUCAACUGAAUGUUGAGGAGGCUAAUUGGAUGGUAAAAGGGGAAGAUGACUAUGCCUGGUUUGGAUAUUCGAUUCACAGUCUCAUCCUAAACAACAGAACUCUGUUAUUGGUUGGGAGUCCAACCUGGAAGAAUAUGACUGGGCUAGGUAAUACGUUCUACAUCCGUGAUGAGAAACAGAGCAUUGGAAAGGUCUACGGUUAUUACCCACCAAGUAGACAAAGUUGGUUUACGAUUUCUGGAGACAAGGCAAUGGAAAAACUGGGCACCUCGCUAUCAAGCGGUGUUGUGGAAGUCAAUGGAGUCCCAAGACAAGUGCUGCUGGUUGGUGCCCCAACUCGUGAUGACAAGUCUAAAAUGGCAUUCUUAUCCAUGACCCUGCAGCAGGGAGGCAGUACUCGGAUAUAUGACUUGACAGCUGAGACUGGGCCCUCACUGCUCAGCAUCUUCAGUGGGGACAGGCGUUUCUCCCGCUUUGGAGGGAUGGUACAUUUAAGGGACCUGGACGAUGAUGGAUUGGAUGAGAUCAUCAUAUCAGCCCCUUUGAGGACAGGGGACUUCACAGGUGGGCUGCUUGGUGGGGAGGAUGGCCGUGUUUACAUCUACAAUGGCAAGAAUGUUUCACUUGGUGAUGCCACAAGCAAAUGCAAGUCCUGGACGUCUCCAUGUCCUGAAGAAAAGGCCCAGCACGUACUGAUUUCUCUUGAAGAAAGCUCAAGAUUCGGGAGCUCUGUGGUCACAGUGAAGUCAAAGACAAAGAAUCAAGUUGUGGUUGCUGCUGGGAGGAGUUCCAUGGGAGCCAGACUGGCCGGGACGCUUCACAUCUACGAUCUGGGAGUCGACUAGAGACCUUGCCACCGUUUCCCUGCCUACCUCUCCCUUUCUCAAGGAGAGGCCUCUGACUUCGGAUGAAGUGGCACCUCAAGUGGAGCCACUGUGAAGUAUCGUUUAGAUGGAGCUUCUGGGAAGGUAGGGAGAAGAUAGGAAGAGUAUCGGGUAACUGGGAACUGUGAAACCUUCAAUUACAUGACUCGACCAUACUAUGAAACAUCGGAAACUCCUCUCGCACACA